AUGGAAAAAUUUCUUAAUAUUAAGAGUACAACCAAGCGUUUAAAUGAAGACAACAAUAAAGAAGAAAAUAAACGUAAGUUCAGAAAAUACGAUGAUAGUUAUUUAGACUUUGGUUUUACUUACAUUAAAAUAGACAACGAAGAACGUCCGAAAUGUGUUAUUUGUUUAAAAGUAUUAGCUGCCGAUAGUAUGAUUCCAAAUAAAUUAAAGCGUCAUUUUGAAACUAAUCAUGGAUCGUUAAUUAAUAAAAAACGUGAUUAUUUUGUAAGGCAACGUGAACAAUUAGAAAAACAAUCAACCAGUUUUAUUAAACAGACAAGUGUUCCAACCAAAGCACUUUUAGCUUCUUAUAAGGUAGCAUUUCGUGUUGCUCAGAGUAAAAAACCUCAUACAAUUGCUGAAGAACUCAUUUUACCAUCAGCAAUUGAUAUGGUUUCUACUAUGAUCGGGGAAUCUGCUGCAAACCAACUUAAAAAUAUUCCCUUGUCUAAUAAUACAAUAAGGUGGCGUGAACUUAAAAAGUUUGGGAACCGCUGGUGUAUAGAACAGUUCAAAGUACAUGUGACACAACCAUUGAUUAAGGGAACGUUACAGUGA